AUGUGGCACGUAAGGUUGUUAAACACACCCUUCAACCCCAAGGUUGUUUAUGAUGGACACCCAACAUUGUUUACCAUUAAGUUGUACCAUGGAGGUGAGUUCACCAAGUACCCUGAUGUUCGUUACAUUGAUGGAACUGUAAACUAUGUUGACAUGGUAGACAUAGAUGAGUUUUCAGUUCAUGAGCUCGAUGCAAUCAUGAAGGGUUUUAGAUAUGGGGUUCCUCCUGUUAUAUACUACCAUUUUCUUGUGCCUGGUGGAGACUUCCACUUUGGUCUUCGCCCUUUAGGAAAUGAUCAAGAUGUUGCAAACUUUUCUCAAUAUGUCAGUGAGCACAAAGUGAUGAAGGUAUACACAGAGCAUGGUGAAACAAGACUACUCACCUAUUUCUUGAAUCCUAAGCCUGUUACCAAGGUUACCCUUGUACAGUUAGAUGAACCACAUGAGGAUGUGCAACACAUUGAUGAAGCUCCUGAUGACCAAUCAAAGGAAACACCUGUGAUGACUACACCUACUGAUAAUUUAGUUGAUGUGGUGCCCACUCAAGCAAACCAACCUGAAAUCCAAGUUAAUGAAAUAGUUCAAGUCGUAUCCUUAUCACCUGGAUAUAAUAGGAGAAGGGGUAUGAGCAAGGAUGGAGUGAUGGCAUCUUGCAGUAAGAAAAUAUACUUUGAUGAUAUUGGUGAGACUGAACAGAUAGCCAAAGACUUUGUUGAGGCAGCUACUGAUUUUGAUAUUGGACUCUACCAACAAAUACUACAAAGCAAUGUUGAUGGAGUCAAUGGCACUGACAUGCAUGAUGUCAAUGAACCUCAGAUGGAUGAAGAAAUCCAACCUCAAAUGGAUGAAGAAAACCAAGCUCAGAUGGAUGAAGAAAACCAACCUCAAAUGAAUGACUUUUGGGAUUUUGACUAUCAAACUGAUGCUUUUGUCCAAGAUGGAAGUGAAAACCAACCUCAGUCUAACAUGGAUAGUAGUGGAAAAGAAAAUGUAAGUGAGGUUGAAAGUAAAGAAAGAAGUGAAACAGAGCAGGAAGAUGAUAGUGAUGAUAGUGAUUAUUGGGUGGAUGAAGAUAAUGUAAUUGAAGAUAUUGAAGUUGAUAUGAGGGAUUUUAACAUGAGCAUUGAUACAGAAGUAGAGUUCUUAGAUAAAAGGGCUAGGAAUCCUAGACAACAUGAGAGUGAUGAAGAAGCAGAUGAGUUAAUGUCAGUGACAAUGAUGCUUUUGAUUCCAUGGAUGAGGAUUCUGACAAGGACAGGAAGAGAAGAGCAGUUUUGA